UUUUUAUUAUUUUAUUUAAAAUAAAAUAAAUGUGUGUGAUCAUGAUAUGUAUAUUUAGGGUCUUAUUUGGUGUUGUUUUGAUUAUUUGAUAUAGUGAGUGCCAUUCAUUACUGGGAAGAGGCUACAUGGAUGUAGCGUGGGUUCUGUUGUUUUGUUCAAAUCGAUCCUCGGUUUUGUCCGCGGUUCCCGUGUGAACAUGCGACAGCCAUUGUUUCCCAGUUACAGUACAUAUUUAUAGAAAUCGGUCGAUGCUCCAAUAAGUUGCAGUCAUAAAAAUUCCAUGUUACUAUUGUGUGUUUUAUGCAUGUUCUCAUGGAUACACUCACACACCUUGCAUCUGCCCAGGUGUCAUUAGACCAUUGCUGUGGAGUGGCUCUGAAUAUUAAUGAGUGAGUCGUGACUCUUGCUUUAAUGUGUGUCUGUGGACAUAAUAUGCUGUGCUUUUGAUCUGGCCAUUUGGUUUGGUAAAGGGGACUCCAUAAUGUGCUGAGAUAGCAUGAAAAAUGACAUAUUUGCUAAAUAUAUUUUUUGCAAUGUCAGUCCAUAUCAUGCACAACACUUUACAAAUAGAUUCCUUAAUAAAGCUCAUGUAAAUGAGAUCACGGUGUCCCAGAACAUCCCGCCCACCUAUCACAGUGUGCUUUCCCCCCAUCAUUAAUCUCUGCUGCUCUACUACAAAUAGAACAUGCCGCCAGCCCCGCAGCUCAUUAAUAACUACAUAAUCAAUCCUAGGUACAUGUGGCUCCUGGCGGCGUACAUUAGCAAAACACUUGCAUCUCUUUGUGGCUUUUGUCUUGAAAUACCGCUGAUGAAUAUUGUAAGUAGGAAGGAGAGGAAAAAAGAGGUGAGCCAGAGAGAGGAUGAAGCAGACAGUUUUCAGCACUGUCAUCAUAAUAUUGUUUGACCAUGCCCCGCAGACUAUGGAAACAGGAGCUAGUGAAUAUCUCCAACGUCCCUCUUGGAGAAUGUCCUCCAUCUCCACCUCGCACGGCCCCUCCCAGCAUGAAGUCUGCAGAGUUCUUCGAUAUGCUGGAGAGAAUGCAGGUCCCUAAAGUAGAAGAGAGCAAAAAAUGGAAGGACGACUAUAUCCCCUACCCACGGAUAGAAGAUGUCCUAGAAAAAGGUCAACCAUACCCCCAAGUUAUCUUACCGCAGUUUGGUGGCUACUGGAUUGAGGAUGCGGAGGCGCCGGCUGGGACACCCUCCUCUUCAGAGUCCAGUUUCUGUGAAGAAGACGAGGAUGGAGGAGAGGGUAUGAGUCCCGGUGAGGGACAUGGCUACCGUUUGGAGUGCAACAGCACUGCCCGAGCCUACCGCAAACACUUUCUGGGCAAGGAGCAUAUGAACUACUACUGCACUGGGAGCAGCAUAGGGAACCUCAUCAUGUCCCUCAAACACGAGGAGGUUGAUGGUCAGGAGUUCUUACGGAUCAUGCUCAGGUCAAGGACCAAAACAAUCCACGAUAGGAUCUCCUUAGCAGGCAUUAACCAGCUGCCCAGCGUCCAUCAGAUUGCCAAACUUCUGUGUGAUGAUGCCACGGGACUGAAGUUCAGCCCGGUUCUUUACCCUCGAGGAUCUCACUUGAUUGUCGCUUACGAUGAACACGAGGUCAACAACACCUUCAAAUUUGGAGUCAUCUACCAAAAAUUCGGACAGACAUCAGAGGAACAGUUGUUUGGCAACAAUGAAGAGACUCCAGCUUUCAAUGAGUUUCUCGCUAUACUGGGUGACAACAUUGAACUUCAGGACUUUAAAGGAUUUCGUGGAGGACUAGAUGUGUCCCACGGACAGACAGGGACCGAAUCUGUGUACACUGUUUUCAGACAGAAAGAGAUUAUGUUCCAUGUGUCAACCAAGCUUCCUUUCACUGAUGGGGACAUCCAGCAGCUUCAGAGGAAAAGACACAUAGGAAAUGAUAUUGUGGCAGCCGUUUUCCAGGAGGAACCUACGCCUUUUGUUCCUGACAUAAUUGCCUCCAACUUUCUGCACUCUUAUGUGCUGGUCCAGGCUGAGAACCCGUGUACAGAGAACACAGUAUACAAGGUGUCUGUCACUGCCAGGGAGGACGUCCCGCCUUUUGGACCCCCCCUCCCAAACCCAGCUGUAUUUAAGAAGGGCCCAGAGUUCCGAGACUUCCUGCUGACAAAGCUGAUCAAUGCAGAAAACGCUUGCUACAAAUCUGACAAGUUUGCCAAGCUGGAGGGUCGAACACGAGCUGCUCUGCUAGACAACCUCCACGAUGAGCUGCACAGACAAAGUCAGGCCACUUUGGGUCUCAGCCAAGCGGAGGAGGAGGAUAAGCUGGAGAAUGGAGGACACGGGGGUCUACUGGAGUCAUUCAAGAGGGCCAUGAGGGUAAGAAGUCACUCAAUGGAGACAAUGGUGGGGUCUCACCGCCUUAGGAGUCCCGGCGGUGGAGGCGGGGUCCCGGCCAGUUUAAGCGGAGGAGCAAUGCCACAGAGCACCAGUGAAUGUACAAAGAGUACCUACAAUCCUCCUGCAUUGUCAACUAAAUCUUCAUUAAAGAGUCCGGUGAAAAGGCGGUCAGGACUUUUCCCUCGCCUCCACUCCAGCAUUGAAAGUCCGUCAGACAAAUGCACUCGCAGUGACCAAAAGUCUGCAGAUAUCUGCUCCUUGUCCCAAGAAGUGAGGUCAGAGACAUCAUCCAACCCCAGCUCACCUGAGACCUGCCCCAAUAAAGACAGGCCUUUCAUCAAACUGAAGGAUGGUGGCAGCAGCAGACCAAACAUCUCUCGAUCUUCAUCGAGCACCAGCAGCUUCAGCAGCAUUACAGGAGAUACGGAAGCGUUGGAAGAACUAGAGACGGUCAGCCAUCCGUCCAUAGCCUCCUCGUCCGCCUUCAGUCCUUCGAUUAGCAUUGACACCCCGGUGUCGGGAACCCCAAUCAUCAUGUGUCGCAGUCCCACAGAUGGGAAAAAUAAGACAUCGCCGAGGUCCAACUUGAAGUUCAAAUUUGACAAAAUGAGUCACUCAUCCACCAAUUCAGAGUAGCUUCAUCACAAGAUGACUUCAUAAUAAUAUCUGCUUGGGCUGGAUGGAGCUGCGCAUAACCAAUAAUUUAAAAAAAAAAAAAAGUCAUCAUAGACCCACUUUGCUAAGUCAUGGACAAGAAAACAUGAACAAACUGGGACCUAGCUGUAAUACUGUGACUUUCCUUUAAGUAUAUUCUUUAUUAUCUUAACACUGCACCCUGAGUUGAAUAGUACAAAUAGAAAAAUGAUUUUUUUUUUUGGCUAGGGGAGCUUCCGUUCCCAGUUCCCAGUACCACAUAUAUGGUAUAAUAUGGAUUUUUUUUUGCGUAUAAAAUUGUUCUUCUGGCAAGAUUUUUUGUAUUUCAAACCUUUUUUGUUACUUUGCUAGCUGCUGCACUAUGAAUGCUGCUGGAUGUCAGUCCACAUGUGUAAAAGCAUUUCUGUAUUUGGCAGGCACGGAGGUACGUGAUACUGCUGCCUGGACUUUCACUAAUGUCUAAUUUUAGCCAAAGCUGUAUAGGAUUAAAAUCCUCUGAAAUGGUUCAACACCCACAUUUCAAAAAAAAAGCAACAUUGCACCUCACUCAGUAUGUUAAACAAAUACAUUUCACCCCCCUCAUACCCAACAUUGAGGCUUUCUAGCUGUCUUUGUGUGUAAUUAAGCUUUUUUUUUUUUGGUUAUUGUUUUCUUUAACGACUGGAUGACUUGAAAAGGCUGAAUGCAUCUAAUCCAAUUUUGGCAAAAACACACUGAAUGUGAUGUUGAAUUAAUUCUUUUUGUUGUUGUUGUUAUUGUGUUGAAGUCUGUUAGAUGUAUAAUGCAAAGUCGGUCUCUUACAUGCACAACAGGACAAGAGUAGUUUAAAAUACUGCUUCACAAAAUAAGGCUUCACUUUGUAAACAGGAAGCAAGGAAACAGAUUUUCCUCUUUUAUCUCUUUUAUGACCAAAUGCUUUCUUUGGAAUCUUAUUUAUUUUUUAUUUUCCUUCCAGUAAUUAUCAUUUUUUGAUAUAACAGGGCACAUAAUUUGACUGAUGAUCAUCAGAGAUCAUCAGAGAUAUUAAAGAGACUAGUUAGACAUUGCAUUAAUAUUAUUUAUUUUGCAACAGCCUCAAUGCCUUGCAGCCUUUUUAAUUUCACUUUUAAUAUAAUAAAUAGCUGAAAGGUACAAGGUCAAUUACAUGGAGCCCUCAAGGGGACAUAGGCAGUAAUCAUUUUGAUGAGUAAAACAAUAAAUACAUAAUUUUUUUUGCGAAAUCAUGCAAGGUUUUGCGAGAUAAUGCAAUAACUUUUAAGUAUCUGGACUUAUUAAGACCCCAGAUUUGGUCAUGGACAUCCCGCAAGAUAUGACAAACAACAAAGUCAUGAUCUCCAAAAUUAUUGUGUUAUCUCGCAAAAAAAUAUUUAGUUUUUUUUAACCCAUCAAAAUUCUGCAAGAUUAUAGAAAGAAAUCUAUGAAAUUCAAAGCCGUCUAAAUAUGUAUAUGUAUAUUUCGUUAUGUAACGUGCUGCUGGAAAUUUAUUCAAAAAUAAAAUGUAUUUUGUGUCA